ACUCCAGAAAACGUUCAGAGCUUCGCCAAAAUGGCGUAAUUAAUAUUCAUAAGGGAGUAAUGAAUAAGGAAAACAGCAGGAGGAGGAGGAAUAUUAUGAUGGACGAAGCGAAUCGAGCAGAUCCUCCGAAUUGGAUCCAGCAACACGCUGUGUACCAAGACCUGAUGCGUUUUAAUGUAGGUGACAGUGCUCAAGUACACGCUGCCUUCCUGGUGUACAUGGACCUGACAGAAGUGCGCGGCUGGUCAGAUGUGGCUGGAGUUUCCUGUCCAGAGUUACACGCAGUUCUACUGGAGGCUCGAGAGAAAGAGGGAGACACAGUCCAGAUGAUCUACCCUCUGCCUUCACACAGAUCCAUCAAACACAGAGAGUUAAGAUGUAUAUUGGACAGAGGUGCUCCGAUGCUCUUGUGUUCAGUGGCGUCUGACUCAAGUCUGGUGUACCAGAGGCUGUGUGAUGGUUUUCUGACCCCUGACCCCCCAGUGGACAUCAAAGACCAAGGCCGUCGACAGCAUCGCAAGCGAAGGUUGCAGACGUGAAACGGACAUCCAGAUCUAGCUUAAACAAAUAUACAGCCAGUAGCUAUUAAGAACGGUUUAAGUACAGAUGAUUAAGAUCAGCUUGAGCAUGGACCAUAUUUGUGUGUAUAAUGCUGAGCUUAUAAAUAGGGGUUUGGUCUUCAUCCUACAAUUGUCCUGUAGCAGUAAAUCACGAGGCAGAUAUAUUUACAGUAUCAAACAGACUACACCAAUCAGCUGCUCCUCUUUACUCAAACAAAUACUUGAAAUAUCAGUUGUGUAAAAUUACACCACAAAAACGUAACAGUGCAGAGAAAACAGACCAUAAACAAAAUAUUGGCAAAUAGAAAGUGAUGUCUCGCAUUAAAUUCUCAUAGUCAACACAGAGAUAAUAAUUUCUUUAGAAACAAUAUGCCUUUGCUUAAGAGAUCUUUUUUAAAAGGAUAGUUCACCCAAAAAUGAAAAUUCGCCCAUCAUUUACUCACCCUCAUGCCAUCCCAGAUGUGUAUUACUUUUUUCUGCAGAGCAUAAAUUACGAUUUUUAGAAGAAUAUCUCAGCUUUGUAGGUCCAUACAAUGUAAGUGAAUGGUGGCCAGAAAGUACAUAAAGGCAAGAUAAAGUAAUCCAUCAGACUCCAGUGGUUUAAUCAAUGUCCUCUGAAGUGAUCCAAUUGGUUUUGGGUGAGAACAGAACAAAAUAAAACUAUUUUUUUCACUAUAAAUCUUGACAUCAGCAGUCUCCUUGGCAAUCAUUAUUUCAGGCUCAAUUACAUCUAGCGCUCUACACAUGCGUCAAGCACUAGGAAGUGUAAUCAAGCUUGAAAUCAUGAUUGUGCCUAGAGACUACAAUGGCAAGAUGUACAGUGAAAAUUGAGUUACAUUUUCUGUCUAUUUUUACACAAAACCAAUUAGAUAGCUUCAGAAGAUAUGGAUUAAACCACUGGAGUCUGAUGGAUUAAUUUUAUGCUUCCUGGCAACCAUUCACUUGCAUUUUAUGGACCUACAGAGCUGAAAUAUUCUAUAAAAAAAAUAUGUGUUCAGCAGAAGAAAGUCACACAUCUGGGAUGGCAUGAGGGUGAAUAAAUGAGAGAAUUUUCAUUUUUGUGAACUAUCCCUUUAAUUGGUUAAUGUGCAUUUAUUUGUUCUGUAUUUUUGGCAAUAUCAUCUGGCCCAACUUUAUAUAGAGAAAAUAAAAAGUGUGCUUAUGGCUA